AUGGCAGACUCACAAAUACCUCAGCAGAAUGCCCCUACAUCUGGAGGCGCCAUUCCCAUGCUCUCUGCUGCACCUCCAAUGCUUCGUCCUGCCGUCGGUCGCCCCGGCGGGGGUCGUCCGCCAAGACUAGGGUUGGCCAUCCCCCCGUCUCCAAACGCCAAGGCAGUUGGGAACAACCCUGGCCUUGGCUCAAGAGGCUUGCCAAAGCUUUCACUCGCCACACCUAUGGGGGGCUCGGGGGUACCUCAGGAACAACCUCCAAGAGCCUUUGGCGGGGUGCAGCCUGGACAGUCGGCUGGCGGGAGUGAAAGCAGUGCUGAUCACUCCAGGACAGGGAGCUUCGGGCCUUCCACAAGCAACCCAACAUCUGCCGGCUCAGGGAUUUCAGCUCUUUCCUUUGCCUCACAGUGGGGAAUUGUGCCUGCAAAGGCACAUGGCACACCGGACCCUAUUUCCGCCGCCGAAUCAGAGAUAAGCGAAGGUGGUGUGCCCAUGGAAAGAGAUGGCAGCCUUCAGGGUCUGGAAGCAUUCGACAAAUUGAGCCUCGAGAAGGCCAGGACUGGAGAUGUGGAGGAUUUGGAUGAUGAGGGUUGGCGCAUCGCUGGCCUCGAGAAGCGAAUCGAGGAGAUUGGUAACCUGGGUGAGGGCGCAGGAGGUGCCGUCACCAAAGCUCGGCUCAAGGGCGGGAAGACCCUCUUUGCACUCAAAAUUAUUACCACCAAUCCGGAUCCAGACGCUAAGAAGCAGAUUGUCCGAGAAAUUGGUUUCAACAAGGGCUGUGCAUCCGAUCAUAUUUGCCGGUACUACGGCGUCUUUGGCGAUCCUUCGACUGCCACCAUUUCCAUUGCCAUGGAAUUCUGCGAAGGUGGCUCUCUCGACAGCAUCUACAAAGAGGUCAAGCGACUCGGUGGUAGGACGGGUGAGAAGGUCCUUGGUAAGAUUGCCGAGGGUGUCAUGGCCGGCCUCACCUAUCUUGCCCAGAGGCGCAUCAUUCACCGUGACAUCAAGCCUUCAAACAUCCUCUUGUGCCGAAACGGAGCCGUCAAGCUCUGCGACUUUGGCGUGUCUGGCGACUUCGGUACCAAAGGCGAGGCCAACACCUUCAUUGGGACCAACGCUUACAUGGCCCCCGAGCGAAUCACCGGACAAUCAUAUACCAUUACCUCUGAUGUCUGGUCCACUGGCGUGACCCUCCUCGAGGUCGCUCAGCAUCGGUUCCCCUUCCCCGCUGAUGGCACCGAUGCUCAGCCGAAGGCUGGUGUGAUUGACCUGCUCACAUACAUCGUGCGUCAGCCAGUUCCCCAACUAAAGGAUGAGCCCGAAAUGGAUGUCUACUGGAGUGACAACUUCAAAUAUUUCAUUCAGUGCUGCCUAGAAAAGAAUACAAGCCGCCGAGCCAGCCCUUGGAAGAUGAUGGACCACCCUUGGAUGGUAGAGAUGAAAUCCAAGCGUGUAAAUAUGGUCAAAUACCUUUCCUUCGUCUGGGGCUGGGAUGAGAAGGCAGUCAAUGCUGCUCAAUCCUAA